UCCAGCAAGGAGGGGACACACGCACUGAGGAGGGGCCGUCAACACCAACAGCACCGGCCCUGACACCGAGGGUUCCCGCAGCAGCAGCAGCAGCAGCAGCAGCAGCGUGGACGGCGUUUCAAUCCCAUGUAUUGUUAGAACCAGCCCGUCGUCAUCAUGACAGCGGAAGAGACCAUAAACGUGAAGGAGGUGGAGAUGAUUAAAGUGAUACUAGACUUUCUUAACUCCAAGAAGCUGCACAUUAGCAUGCUGGCUCUGGAAAAGGAGAGCGGCGUUAUCAACGGGCUCUACUCCGAUGACAUGCUCUUCCUCAGGCAGUUGAUACUCGAUGGCCAGUGGGAUGAGGUGUUGCAGUUCAUUCAGCCCUUGGAGUGCAUGGACAAGUUUGACAGAAAAAGGUUUCGUUACAUCGUUCUUAAGCAGAAGUUUCUUGAAGCUCUGUGUGUGAAUAACGCCAUGUCUGCAGAAGACGAGCCGCAGCAUCUGGAGUUUACCAUGCAGGAAGCAGUCAAAUGCCUUCAUGCUCUGGAGGAGUUCUGUCCCUCUAAAGAUGACUACAGCAAGCUGUGUCUGCUCCUCACGCUGCCUCGCCUCACCAACCAUGCUGAGUUCAAGGACUGGAACCCGAGCACAGCCAGGGUGCAGUGUUUUGAAGAGGCCUGCAACAUGGUGGCAGAGUUCAUCCCUGCAGACAGGAAGUUGAGUGAGGCUGGGUUCAAGGCCAGCAGGGAUCGACUUUUCCAGCUGGUUCUUAAAGGAGUCCUCUACGAGUGUUGCGUGGAGUUCUGCCAGAGCAAGGCAACGGGUGAAGAGAUCACGGAAAGUGAAGUCCUCCUGGGUGUUGACAUGCUGUGCGGUAAUGGCUGCGAUGACGUGGACCUGUCCCUGCUCUCCUGGAUGCAGAACCUCACCCACAGCGUUUUCUCCUGCGCUUUUGAACAGAAACAGCUCAACAUCCACGUAGAUCGCUUGGUCAAGCCUGCUAAGACUGGAUAUGCAGAUCUCCUCACCCCGCUCAUCAGUAAACUGUCCCCUUACACCUCCUCCCCGCUCCGCCGCCCCCAGUCUGCUGAUACUUAUAUGUCAAGAUCCUUGAAUCCAGCGCUGGAUGGGUUGUCCAGCGGGCUGUCCGGGCAGGAUAAGAGAGCAAGUGGUGGGGAGACGGCGCCGGGUAAAGGGUUCUCUCCCAUGUCUCACUCAUUUGCCAACUUUCAUUACCCUGGAGCAGGAGGGCAGAGCCUGAGCAGGAGCCUCAUGAUGGAGAGCUCCGACUGCCACAGCAUCUUUGAGGAAUCCCCUGAAACGUCCAGGACAGACACACCUGUGGACAAAAUGUUGAGCUCAGGUGGAGCUCAGAGCGUGCGUCCCGCCUCAGCGCCGGGGGAGGAUGCUCCAUCAGCUGGCGGUGCUGACAGGAAUGAGCUUCGUGACUCAACAGAGAAGUAUGAGGAGUUUUAUCGCCAGCGUCUUCGUGUGCAGCAGCACCUGGAACAGAAACAGCAGCAGAAACAAAUGUACCAGCAGAUGCUGCUGGAGGGAGGGGUCCAGACGGAGCCCCCGCCCAGCAAUAUGCAGCACAGCCUCACAGAGAAGUUCCUCAACAGGUCCAUCCAAAAGCUGGAGGAACUCAAUGUGGGGAUGGAGAAUUUAGGAGAGGAGGUGAAGUCUCUGGCCCAGCAGUGCAACGGCACGGGGAACACAGACGCCUCUGAGGACAAUAACAACCCUCCCUCUGUGAGUCCAGAGCAGAGCCACUCCCGAGAGGGAGGGAUGCUCAGCAGCACCCCGCACCGGGCUGCUGGGGGGCAGCUGGUCCCGCCUCCAGAUGAGUCCCCCGUUGCCUUGCAGAGUGAGGAGAAACCAAAAGGAGAUCAACAAGGGGAAUCUCCUGGCUCUCUGUCCCGGAGUACAGAGGACGAUAAACCAAAAGACAUGUUUGUACCAGUGCAUUCUCUGGAGGACACCCAGGCUGUCCGAGCGGUUGCGUUUCACCCGUCUGGAACUUUGUACGCGGUCGGAUCCAACUCCAAAACCCUGCGUGUGUGCGCUUAUCCAGAAAUCCUGGAUACCAGUGGUUCAGGUCCAGUUAAACAGCCAGUUGUUCGUUUCAAGAGGAACAAACACCACAAAGGCUCCAUCUACUGCGUUGCCUGGAGCCACUGUGGGCAGCUGCUGGCCACAGGCUCCAAUGACAAAUACGUCAAAGUCCUCCCGUUCAGUGCAGAGACGUGCAAUGCCACAGGUCCAGACCUGGAGUUCAGCAUGCAUGAUGGUACCAUUAGGGACUUGGCCUUCAUGGAGGGGCCAGAAAGCGGAGGAGCCAUCUUGAUAAGCGCUGGAGCAGGAGACUGUAACAUCUACACCACCGACUGCCAGAGAGGGCAGGGGCUGCACGCCCUCAGUGGACACACAGGUCACAUUCUGUCUCUGUACACGUGGGGAGGUUGGAUGAUUGCUUCUGGUUCUCAAGACAAGACGGUGCGUUUCUGGGAUCUGAGGGUCCCCAGCUGCGUGCGAGUAGUGGGAACUGCUUUUCAUGGCUCAGGCAGCCCGGUUGCCUCGGUUGCAGUCGAUCCUAGUGGUCGUCUCUUAGCAACAGGACAGGAAGACAGCGCAUGCAUGCUGUACGACAUCAGAGGAGGACGCAUCGUCCAGGUGUACAGGCCACACAGCAGCGACGUUCGCUCUGUUAGGUUUUCUCCAGGAGCUCACUACCUGCUCACCGGUUCCUAUGACACAAAAGUCAUAGUCAGCAACCUUCAAGGUGACCUGACCAAACAGCUGCCUCUGACUGUAGUAGGAGAGCACGGCGACAAGGUGAUUCAGUGUCGAUGGCACACACAAGACCUGUCUUUCCUCUCAUCUUCUGCUGACCGCACUGUCACACUGUGGACCCACAACCCUUAACGCACAGAUGCACAGAUAAACGGAAGCUGGAAUCUGAAAGAUGCACAUUCUCCUGAAACAUAGAUGCUCCUCCCUAUUAACACUGUCAUUACUUUUCAUCACACUUUAGUCCCAAAAACACACACUAACACACCCUUGCAGGUAUUUUAGCAGGUAAAUGAGCCUUUCCCUCCUGUCCGUUGAAAAUCAAAUGGGUAAAAACUCGGGACACAUCAGAAGCACAUGUUGCAUGUUCUGCUCUCACACUUGUGAGCCUGAUUGUUGUCAUACUGAGGUGUACAAUAGCUCAACAAUUCAUUAUUCCUACUUCAUUCCCUAGUCAUAUUAUAUUUAAACUUUUUUCAUACCCCAGUCAACUGCUGCACAUCCUUUUUUUUUUUUUUUUAAUAGAGUUUUGCAGGUUUGACAGGACAGGAGUGUUGUCAUGAUGGUGCCUUCCUUGUGUUUCCAUAGCAAAAAUGAUACUAUUAGUCAUUUUACAUAAUCAGAUUUUAAGUUAUUUUUUCAAAGAAAUUGUACAUUCCAUCUUUUGCAUAUCAUUUUUUCAAAAAUAAUCUAAAGCUGCUAUUGUUAAGGAAAAGAAAAGCAGAUAUAAACUAUAAUUUUCAGUGUGUCAGUAGCUCUUGCUGCCUGGAGCUGAAUCUGUUCUCACUGCUUCACUUUCUGCCCCUUCAGUCAAAUGUUGCUGUAUAUGCUGCAUUGCUCCAACGUAUAAAUUAGCUGGUGCAUUUAUUUUAAAUGUGAUUUGAUCCUUUUCUUUUUGGCUGCUGCUGUUAUUCAUUUGCAGUGGCUUGAUUACAAUGGCCUGUUGUAUCAGCAUCAAAGGGAGAUAUUAUUUCAGCACCCUGAUAUUCGUGUUGGGAUUUUAUUCAGUGGACACAAGGAUUGGGUUUGUCUCCUGCUGUCGUUAUAACAGUAGGUGGCAGUCUUUGCCUGAUAAGGCUCCAAGUGAAUGCACAAGAAAAUCUGGAUACAAGCACGGGUGUUUUGAGGUUUAUUUAAAACCAGUUUUCAGGGCAUUUUUCAUUAUUUUACAUGUGCACUUUGUUUUUUAACAUUGUCUAAUGCUAACUAACUUACAAACAUGCAUAUUUAAGUUUUUUUAUGUUAAUGUAUAGUAUAUUCUCUUCAGAAAUGAGGCCAAACUAAUACGUACAUAGAUGUAUUUAUUUCAGUUGUGUUUAUGUAUGUACAGUUAAUUGCUUUUGAAAUGAUAGUGGAUCUUGUAUUAAGCCUUUCUAAUUGGUGUUUUUAAAAAAAAGUGACAAACUAAAGCUAACUUAAGUCUGAGUGCUGGUACGUUCAAUAAAACCUUUUACAAAAAAAAGUUUCUUGCCUUGUUAAAAUAAGAACUUAACAUUGAGCGUUUAGUCACAACAGGACGCCUCCUUGAACUAGUUUUAUUUCUGACAUCACUCAGAAAGCAUACAAAAGGGUCUUUACAUGGCUUAAAUUAAUUAUUUUUAUACGUUUGCGCAAAAUACCUUUUAUUUCUUUUAGCCAUCAUUUUUCUCAAACACAAAAAUGUUGCAUAUGAGCAAAACACACGAGUGCUACAUCUACAUGUUAUUUCAAAGUGUUGGGACGGCAGACAACAGAAUCACAUUAAGUAUAAUAUAUACAACCGCAGCUGUGUAUUGAAAAAUACAUUUGGAAUUAAAAGAAAAAAUGUAUCCAGUAUACAAUCAUUAAAAACAACUUCUUUUUUUAAAAUAUCCCUGAUUCUGCUGUGACUGUUAGUCUCCAAGUUGAGUGAAACAAGUGUUUGUUAAACUGAGAUGAUAUUUUUCCCCAUCCUGUACUGUACAUUUACUGCCGAUGGUGCUUUGUUUUGUCCAACGGGACUAAUGUUAUUAGUUACAAGUAUUCUCAGUGACUUAGUCAGCCACAAUGCUGUUCAACAUUUCAUGAAAUUUAAAAGGAAAGGCAUGCGCCUGUAAGUGCUUUGUUCAGCUGGAGCUGGAGCUGGAGGUUGAUCUGGCUGCAGAAGGCAGGGUGACACGUUGCUCGUCCAUUCUUUUGGCUUGAGAGCGCAUAAUGAGGCUGAAGAAGUCCUCGUCGGGCACAGUGGGUCCUCGGACUGGGGGAGGCGGAGGGGCGCAGCGCUGGUCGUCUAAUCGUGAACCCUGAGAGGAGGAUGAUGAAAAAGAAGCAUUAACAACACAGUUUUUGAGUGUUAAAUUGAGUCUUUGCCUCUUGAUGUCCAUGAAACAGAAGUUAACCAACUGUAGUCUUUAUUCACCGUUUCAAGGCAUAAACUUUGUUAUGCGGAUGAUACUCAGCUAUACCUAUCCAUGAAACCGGACGAGAGCUAUAAACUACAAACAUGUUGUAAUGGAAUAAAGAUCUACAUGAAACUGAGGUUUUUGUCUUUGGAUAUUAGCACCUCAGAAAUUGACUGAAUAAUUUGGCAACUCUGAAUGGCACGAAGUGUGAAGAAGUGUGAUGUUUAAAAUUUUUUUUUUUUUUUUUUUUUUUAAAUCAGGAUUUAUCUUGUAAAAGCAAAGUAUUGACCUUCAUUUUAUUGUAAAAAUAAAGAGUGAUGCAGAAAACUAGUACCGGUACACGUAUUUGUUGCUUCAAGAUUUGACCUCUACAACUCCAACUGCUGAUUUAAAAAAAUGUAAUCUAGGCUUCCCCUCAUUGGGAAAUGUCCUCUCCUCACAUAUGGCCCUUUAGGACCCUGGGAUGAUAAGGAACUGGUGGUUCCACAUCCUCCCAUCAUGGCAUUAGGGCUGUGGUUCCAAGAGUUUCUAAUGGGAGGCAGAGUCUGGACUUAUCAGGUUCCCCUCUAGUAGAACCAGCUCCCAGUUAAGAGUUAAAGAUUCGGCUUCAAACUUUUCUAUUUGAUAAAGCUUACACUUGGCCACAACUUCAUUGAUGACAUGUAUAAACUCUUCUUGUAUGUAAUGUAUAUAUAUAUGCAAGUGAUUUUUGUUUUCUUGUGUUCUGUGUAAAUUAUGUCUGAGCGCUGGUGAUGGCAUCACAUUAAAUUUCAAUUUUGGACUGGAAUUGUUGUGAAUUUAAUUGAUAUGUUCUGAUCAGGUACCUGGCACUUGACAAGCAUAUCGAAGAAGUCGUCAUCAGGCUCAGCGUUGUCAGCGUUGGCCAUCAGGUGGCUGAGUACUGCCUGGUUGUUGCUCUGAUUGAGCCUGAGGCCGGGCAGGCUCCCUCCUGCUGCCGAGGACUCCUCUAACCGCCGGCAUGAUGCGCCCGAGAUAUUGACGGACUCUGACACAGCUGCAGAUUCAGAUCAAAUAAAAUGUAUAAACAAAU